AUGUCUUUCAACCCGGAGAAUGUCAAUCUCAGCACGGCCAGCAAGGAAGACGUCCUCUGCUACUUUGCCCUAUCCGAGAAUGACUACAACGGCCACAUCGGCGCUCGUAUAUCCUCCAUCUUCGUGAUCCUGUUUGUGUCCUCGGCCUUUACAGUCUUCCCAGUCCUGGCCAAGCGCUUCCCAAGUUGGAAAAUCCCACUCGGCGUGUAUUUAUUCGCGCGGUACUUCGGCACAGGUGUUAUUGUGGCCACUGCAUUCGUGCAUCUCCUAGACCCAGCCUACAAGCGCAUCGGUCCUAAAACCUGCGUCGGCGAAUCAGGGUACUGGGGCGAGUACUCGUGGUGCGCAGCCAUCGUGCUGGCCUCGGUGGUGAUAAUCUUCCUCCUGGAUCUCGCGGCAGAAGUCUACGUCGAGCACAAGUAUGGCGUGCACAAGGAUGAAGAAGCCACAAACGUCUUUAUCCAGGAACACAACCUAGAUAUACCCAGUAACAAGGAGGAAAGACGCACUGAAACGUGGAACCCCGACGGGUCUUCCACUCUAGCAGAACGGACUUUCCGCCAACAGAUCGCCGCAUUCCUCCUCCUUGAAUUCGGAAUCAUCUUCCACUCGGUCAUAAUCGGGCUGAAUCUCGGCGUGACAGGCUCCGAGUUCUCAACACUAUACCCAGUGCUCGUCUUCCACCAGUCCUUUGAAGGUCUUGGAAUCGGCGCGCGCAUGUCCGCCAUCCCAUUCGGCAAACACACCUGGCUACCGUGGGUUCUAUGCGCUGCAUACGGCCUUACCACGCCUAUAUCUAUUGCUAUCGGCCUGGGUGUUCGGAAUACAUAUACCCCCGGCUCCAAGGUCUCCCUUAUCAUCCAGGGCGUGUUGAACGCCGUCUCGGCAGGGAUCCUAAUCUACAGUGGUCUUGUGGAGCUGCUGGCGCGAGACUUCCUGUUUGAUCCUUGUCGGACGAAGCAGAGAUCGAAGCUGCUUUUCAUGGUUUUCUGCACUUUACUGGGUGCUGGUAUCAUGGCGCUGAUUGGGAAGUGGGCUUGA